CGUAAUCAGUACCACAGAUCCAAAGUGGGACACACAUAUCAAACACAGUCACGACCAGUGCAGAGGUCUGGUUUUCGGUGCUGCUGAGUCUAAGACACUGUAUUGAUAUUUGCCGUGUUUCAGCUGAUCUCACACAAUGUCCUCCUCCAUCUUUCUCCUGCUCCUGGCGGGUCUGGUGGUGUCUGUCAUGGCGGACUACACCGGGAAGCUGCUGCUCGUCUCCAUGGACGGCUUCCGGUACGACUACCUGGACAUGGUGGACACCCCCAACUUUGACGACUUCGCCAGGCACGGCGUGAAGCUGCCCUACAUGAACAACAGCUUCACGACUUUGACAUUUCCAAAUCAUUACACCAUCGUGACUGGUCUGUGGGAAGAGAGUCAUGGCAUCAUUGGCAACCACAUGUACGACCCCGAGUUCAACGCCACCUUCAACAUGGGCACCAAAGAGACACGCUGGUGGGAUGGGGGAGAGCCGUUGUGGGUCACAGCCAAGAAGCAGGGCCUCAAGACGGGCACCUACUACUGGCCCGGCAGCGAGGUCGAGAUUCAAGGUGUGCGCCCCAACUAUUGGUUAAACUACAGUGAUCACACCCCAUACAAGGAGCGAGUGGAUACAGUCAUUGACUGGUUCAAGACCAAAGGUGUCCAAAUGGCGACACUGUAUUAUCCGGAACCUGACCAUACAGGACACGGUUAUGGUCCAGAAUCUCAACAAGUUAGGGACAAGGUCAAGUACAUGGAUGGUAUCCUUGGUUACCUCGUGCAAAAGUUGAAGGAGAAUGACCUUGAAAACGAGGUCAAUGUCAUCAUUACCAGUGACCAUGGCAUGGUUGCAAUUGACAAUGUAAAUAAAGUCGUCGAUAUAACUGAUCACGUAAACAUGACACAGGUUGAACGUAUCCCGAUUUACGGCCCCGUGAUGCAGAUUCAGCCGAGGGAGGGACAGGUUGAUGACAUCAUGGAAGAUCUGAAUGGCGUUCCCAACAUCACAGCUUACAAGAAAGAGAACGUCCCUGAACAUUUCCAUUACAGUAACAACAGAAGGAUCAUGCCCAUCGUCAUCAUAGCAGAUGAGGGUUGGCAGCUGACCACUGACAAGGCGAAACAGGCAAAAAAUACUUUAAAGGGCACCCACGGCUAUGACAACAGAUUGAUGUCAAUGAAGCCUAUAUUCCUGGCGAGAGGACCCAACUUCAAGACCAACUUCACUUCAGAUCCUAUCCAGAUUGUCGACAUCUACCCUCUCGUGUGUAAACUGCUCAACAUAGAGCCAGCGCCGAACAACGGGAGCCUGGACCGUGUCAGUGUCUUCAUUCAAGACACUCCUCCAACAUCCGGGGCUUCGACCGCUGCAUCAAUACUGCUUUUCGAGUGUCUGCUUGCAUUCACAAUCGUCGCCAACUUUAUGUUGUAGAUAUGAAACUUUCAAGCCAUGAAUUCAUGUUGCACAUAAUAUUAAAUGAUGAAGCGCUAUUUACGGCGAAGGUCUUACAAUGUUCACCAUCGAGACCAAAUGAUCUCACUGAUUACACAUACAUAUGCAGGAACAUUAUCGCUUCUGAAACUAUGAAAUACAAAACUAUUUCUAUAGACCCGUGAAGAUCCGGUUUAGAAUUGAUCUUCAGUAACCCAUGCUUGUCGUAAGAAGCGACUUACGAGAUCGGGUGGUAGGCUCGGUGACUUAACUGAUGCAUAUCAUUAGAUCGGCGCUCAUGAUGUUAGUCACUGGAUUGUCUUGCCCACUUGAGUAUAUACAAAUGACCGUCAUACAGCUAGAAUAGUGAUGAGUCCAGCGUUAAACAAAAAUGUCAAUUUAAAUAUUUUGUUUGGGAUUUUGAAUGGAGACUGGCUAUUUUUGCAGCUACACAACCAUUGUAUAUAUAUUUUGUGCCAGGCAAUUUUAUUUUCAACAGUCUGAAGCAUCAUUAUCUUUUUUUUUUUUGAAGAAUUUUCUGCAAUAUAAAAAAGUCGAUACAAACCCAGCAAGGAAAGUAAAUGCAUAUUGCUGGAGAAAAACUGUAAACAUUCACAAUAUGUCCAUGUAACGGUGCUCAGUCGUAGCUCAUUCCCAAACAUUUCAAAAUAUUCCUUUUAGUUCUGGAUUUUAUUGUUCAUAUAAAACAGAUUUAUGUUUAAGUUAUUUUAUUAAUUUAGAAAUGAACGCAUGAGGAGAUUAUUUAACCAUAUAUGUAUUUGUUGUAACGUCCUUUUAGGACCAUUUACCAACAUAUACUGAGGGGCAAAAUAAAGUAUACCGUGGUUUUUUUAUGUUAAACUGUUGCUAAAUUUGAUUAUGUCUAUUUAACCAUCACUUAUUCCUUCAACAGUUUGUAAAAAGCAAUCUGUUGCUGGGUAUUUUUUUGUAAAAAUAAAUGGAGCCAAUGAAUAUAUUUUUAAAAAUAAAACCAUGUAGAAGUAUUGACUGAGCGCCAGACAAUUUAUUUGUUGGUUGGUUUAUUGGUUUGUUGUUUAACGCCGCACUCAACAAUAUUCCAGCUAUAUGACGACGGUCUUCACGGUAUUUGUUGGAUAUAAUAUCGCUAACUUAAGGUAUUUCUAAUUGUAAAUCUCUUAUAUGAUAAAAGCAACUGAGAGGCAUAGUUUAUUUUGCUCUUCUGAUAUAUAUAUAAUUUAUGUUUCUAUAUAGUAAUACAAAUUAUCACUUUUACAAAUUUGGAUGCACUGUCAUCGUAGAUGCAAGAUGCUGGUGAUGUAAAUAUGUCCGUACUAAUUAUUUUGGAAGUGCGUAAAAUAACUAUGACUACUUCUGCUUCGCAUAAACUGUAAUGUAAAUUCGAAUGGCAGAAGCUGUCAAUUAUUACCAAUAAUAUGUCCUAGUAAAAUACAGUAUUGUGUCAUCAAUCAGCGUUAUUUCAACAAAGGGGGCUAAUUGUAUAUUAUUGUGGUUUGUUAUCAUUAUAUUGUUUGAAUUAAAAAAUCUGUCUCGCUCCA